GUUAAGCGACAGGAACCAGAGGCGGACGCUGUUUUUGUUUUUGUCCGGUGACCAGAAGAAGCACCGGCGGGUUCGUCCUCUCCCUCACUACACAGACGCUAACCGGAUCUCUUUUUGAAGUCGGAACCGGCAGACAGGAGACCAUGGGUGCCGGUUCGAGCACCGAGGGCGAACGGGAGCCGCUCCUCGGCGCCUCCAGCGCGGAGGCGAACGGCCGCCCCGUCCACAGCCGAGUGUACGGCAGAAGAUGGCUGGUCCUGAGCCUGUUCUCGCUGCUGGGGCUCAUGCAGGGGAUGGUGUGGAACUUCUGGGGCCCCAUACAGAACUCGGCCGCGCGCGCCUACGGCUUCACCAAGUCGGACAUCGCGGUGCUGGUGCUGUGGGGCCCCGUGGGCUUCGUGCCGUGGCUGCUGUUCAUGUGGUUGAUGGAUAAACGAGGUCUGCGGGCAUCCCUCCUCCUCUCUGCGUUUUUCAUGCUGAUGGGAGGGGCUCUGCGGUGCAUCCCACUGACGGAUCAGCCUCUCCGACGCUGGUUGAUACACGGCGGUCAGUUCCUGAACGGUUUGGGCGGCCCGACCAUAAUGAGCGCCGGCCCCUUCCUCUCCACGACGUGGUUCGCCCCCGACCAGAGGGCCACCGCGACGGCCGUGGCCUCGCUCUUCUGCUACCUGGGGGGCGCCGCCUCGUUCGUGGUGGGACCUCUGGUUGUGCCGGCGCCCAACGAGACCGUGACAGAAACCGGGAUUGCGGCGGCGGCAGUUUCCGACAGCGCCAUCCGAGACAGGAUCCAGCUCGUUAUGUAUGCAGAGUUGGCCGUGAUUGCCGUGCUUUUCGCAGCGGUCCUCAUCUAUUUCCCGUCGCGCCCACCGAUGCCACCCAGCGUAGCCGCUGCGAGCCAGAGACUCAGCUACAGGAGCAGCAUCUGCAGACUUCUCAGUAACUUCCGGUUCCUGAUGUUGGCGCUGGCCUACGCAGUCCCCACUGGAGUGAUCGCCGGCUGGGCGGGAGUCCUUGACAUGGUCCUCACUCCGGCUAAAGUCAGCCAGGUGGACGCAGGUUGGAUUGGUUUCUGGUCGACGGUCGGCGGGUGUGUGUUCGGAGUGGCGAUGGCCAGGUUUGCCGACUCCAUCCGAGGGAUGCUGAAGCUGAUCCUGGUGCUGAUGCUGGCCGGAGCCUCGCUGUCGUCCACCUGGUUCACGCUCACCUGUCUGAGCAGAGUCACUCACCUUCCCUCCACCGCAGCCAUCCUGUACACAUCCUGCAUCCUGGUGGGCAUCUUCAUCAACAGCAGCGUGCCGAUAUUCUUCGAGCUCUUCAUCGAGACCGUCUACCCGGUCCCUGAAGGCAUCACCUGCGGAGUGGUCACUUUCCUGGGGAACCUGGUCACCGGCCUUCUCCUCUUCUUCCUCACCUUUUACUGUACAGACCUGUCGUGGCUCAACUGGUGUCUGACGGGCUCGUGCCUCUUCAGCCUGGUCCUCAUCCUCUUCUUCAGGGAGUCGUACGACCGCCUCUACCUGGACGUCUUUGUGUCCGUGUGACACAGACAACGGAAACAGCCCCGACGACCAGGGACUGAACAAUGAUUCAUCUUUGCACAAAGGAAAAGGGGAGAAAAAGGGAGAUGAAGGGAGGAAAGGGGCCCAGACUCUUUGAAUAUGUAAAUGUACAUGGAGAAACCACAAAACCGAUUCUACAUCCGUGUUUUUCUAUUUAUACGUCUCGACGCCGUGUGACUGUCUAACACACUAUGACCUGUUUUUAUAUUUCAUGUUUGAUUUUUUUAACCCGGCACGGCAUGACAGGAUCUUUUGUUAUCGUUGUUUACAGAUUAUGUCAUAUUUAAAGUUGCUCUCAGUGUCGCCCCUAACCCUCCCUCCCUCCCUCCUCGCCUUCCUCGAUCGUCCUUUUUAAAAGGAACUUGAUGUCGUCGACCUCACAAGGAAAAUGAAGGAGGGGGCGAUGAGGGGAGAGCUACGUCAGCCAAUCAGCAGGCCUGGCUGCGCUGAGUAGAGGGGGUUUUUAGUGCUGCUCCAAACCGUGACUGACCCGACGCUGUUAACGGACCUGUGACACUAUUCGAGAGGCACUAGGUACUUGAUAUUUUAAAUUCACCUUCAAGUGGACUAUUAUGCAAAAAAAUUCUAAUAAUCCAGAUCGACGAUUGGACGACCGCCACAAGACGUGGGCUGGGAUUGGACCAAAGCCUGUGAACUGUGGAAGAGGCCGGGUCGUCUGAACUGUUCAUUUUUAAAACCAAUUUAUGGUUAAUGAUGUCCAUUUCUGGGACAUUAGCUUUUUUUUAAUAUAAAGGAAUAAUGUUAAUGUUUAGUUUUUUCAUGUGUCUCGCUCAGCAGCCUGCCCAGUAUUUAUUCGAAAUGUCUCAACACUAACACUGUUCACACCCGCCUCCACGGCGACGGGGUGUUUUUAAGUUUUUUUUGCGAUUUCAACCACUUGAGGGAAGAUUUUGUUUUUAUUGUACAGACCGGGAGGAUUCACAUUGUGAUGUCACUUGCCACCAGCAGGUGGAGUCUGCUGACAAAAACAGAACUACCCCAAACCCCUGAGGUAAAAAAAAGAGAGAGAGAAAAGGAAGGGACAAAAAAAAUGGAGAGGGACGCUACCACACAAAAGAAGAAGAUGAAAAACAUCUGUCACUCAACACAGAGAAACUUUUUCUCUUGACUUUUCCACGACUUCUCUUUCUUUGUCCUGCACGGCGGCGACGAGACGUGUUUCAAUGUGAUCUCCUGUGGGUUUAGAGGAAGCUCUGUUUCCUGGUGCUGGUUAUCCUUUAGUGUUUUUUAACUCUCCUCGUACAGAAGAAGGUCGUCUUUUUUACCUUCUUUUGACGUGUUGCCUUAAUUGCCCGGCGCGGUGCGUUCAAGUCUCCCUCUCGUCCACACUGUGACCUUCCCUUGUCAUGUACAUAUAUAUAGUGCUGCAGUUUAAAGGUCGUGUUCUUCUUGCUCUGUACACUUACACUCUGCUGUUCCUUCUGGGCUCCGGGUCAUAAAUGUCCUUUGUUCUGUGGAAAAGGGAAGAAAGAAGAAAAAAACAGAACAAAUGUGACUGUUGAAUAUUUCCAGCACCUUAUUAAAAAUGGAAAGAUUUUAAAAAUAA